AUGGAGUCAUUCAGCUCUAAGGACAUGGCCAUGAAGGCCCAGAAGAAAAUCCUCAGCCACAUGGCCAGCAAAUCCAUGGUGCAGAUGUUAAUUGACGACACCAGCAGCGAAAUCCUAGACGAGUUCUACCGCAUCUCCAAGGAACACUCUGGAAACCGCACAGAGGCCCAGAAGGUGGUCAAGGACCUGGUAAAGGUGGUGGUAAAGGUGGGCGUUCUCUUUCGGCACAACCGCUUCAGUAAAGAGGAGCUCAGCCUGGCUCAGGACUUCAAGAAGAAGCUGCACCAGGGGGCCAUGACAGCAAUCAGCUUCCAGGAGGUAACUUUACAUCAGAAAGUUUUGAACUCUUCAAAGCCUUAUUUGAACUCUGCAUGAAGGCCCAACCUAAAGCAUGCAUGAUAGAACCUACUAACAUCUCCCUAAGUAAUUCAUUAUACCUACUAAAAUGUCAAACUAUCUGGACAGAAUCCUAAGGGGACUUUAAUAGGAAACAACAAUGCCCCACUUACAAUAGUCUCUAUCCUAAAGCCAAUACCAUAAACUGGCACCUUAAAUGGUGAUUACAGCUGUUAUAAUAACUGUGUUGUAAUUACUACUGUGCUGUCACUAAUAUCUUAUUCGCCCAUCCCUCUGGCCCAGGUGGAGUUCACAUUUGAUAAGGAUGUCAUGACGGCGCUUCUGACGGAUUGUAGGGACAUCCUGCUGAAGCUUGUGGAGAAACACCUGACACCCAAAUCCUUCGGGCGUAUUCGGCAUGUCUUCAACCACUACUCUGACCCAGACCUCCUGACCAACCUCUACACCCCCGGUGGCCCUCUCUGGCCCAGUCUCACAAAGAUCUGCAAUGGCCUAAACAAACUGGUUGAGGAAGGCAAGCUAUGAGUGGGAAUUCUGAACAGUGCUGGAAAAAUUAGAAACUGUGGCAAGCCUGUUAAAGAAUUCUGAAUUAAGUUUGCCCAGUGAAAAUACCAGGAUAUAUCAUCUUGGUAGCUUAAUGGGUACACUGACUCAGUGUCAGUUGAUGAUGUAGAUAUUGAUUUAUGUUGGGAUCUUUAUGAGGACAUGGAAUCAUCAUCCUUGCUUUACAACAUAAGCCAUCUGCAUUAGGGCUGGCCGAUAUAUUGUGUAUUUAUCAUUAUCACAAUAUGAAUGUGCAUGAUAUGCAUAGUCACAUUUCAGUAUCUCAGGAUAUUACCUCUACCUCUGCCUAAAUGCAUUUCAGUCGAAUGCUGUUGGAGCUAAGUAAAGUCCCUUCAAAUGUGACAUAUGAAAUUUAAAAAGCCUAAAAUCACCUAUGAAAUCCUCCAAAGAAAUUUCAAAAAAAUACAAACUACUUCUUUGUCAGGACUCCCUGCUUCCAGCACAAUAAGAAUGCAUCUGUGGUCUAAUUUCAAUUGAUUCGUCCUCCUGUUUUAAGAUAUUCCGGGGAAACUAAUGGACUUUAAUAGGACAACAGUCUGCCUGCCCAGUCACAGCAGUGGCUAACCUAAUUGAAGUACCAUUCAAAUUAAAAGUGGCUGUCUAGGACCAGCAGACAACAACCUCAAUUAGUGUCUGGGGCACAUCUAUGCAUGCAGCCUCAGUAUCUGCCGGAUCAUUGACUGUUUGUUCCGCUUGUUACAAAGAUUUUCUGAGGCCAGCUAAUGGCAUUUCAUUUCUGAUACAUGUCUGAAGUCCUGCUGUACAGUCCUUUGC